CUUUGACUUACCAACAGGCAACAAGAAGCGUGUGGAAUGGAAACCAAGAUGGCCUCUGUGAUCAGUCUUUGUUGAAUUUUAAUAUUGAAUCGAGUUAUACCAAACAAAUCCGAGUAAUUAAAUUAUUGCGAUUAAUUCAUCAAUUCAUCAUGAAAGCCUUGUAUUUGCUCGUCUGACAGCAGGCUUUAGGCUCUGUUGGCCCAAGCUUGCAUAUAAUGCAGCAAUUGUAAGCCGUGACUAAAAUCUGUUAUUAUGGCCAACUUUAUUAAUGCCAGUUUGACUGAUGUACAACAAAUGGUUGUUAUGCCAACUGAGGAGGCGGCUGCAGUUGGCCAAAAUUUUCCUCAACAGCAGCCGCCUCCCCAACAGCAUGUUGUGCAAAAGACGGCUUAUCACCCACAACAGAUUGUCCUUGUCACAAAUCAGGAAACAGUUAAAGGUGAACCAAAUAUUAGUGUUAAAAAAUCUCCAUCAACCUUGCAAACACAGACUGUGCAGCAAGAAUUUCCUCCACUAUAUAUAAAUCAACAGCAGCUGCAACAGCUGCAACAGCUUCAGCUGCAAUCAGGAAAGUUAAUAUUUAGGGCAGUGGCGCCACAGCACAUGGCUCUUCAGACAAAGCAGGCAAAUCAAGUACAAUUGCAAUCAACAGCUGUGCAGCAAUUAACAUCUAAUCAAACUGUAGUAUCAAGUCCACAAGUCAUUACUACUCUCCAAUCUGACAGUCAGACUGUUAUUCAGAGAACCCCCCUGCAGACUCCUCCCCGACUAGCACAGCAGUCACAAAUUUUACAAGUGAAAGCUCAAACACCCCCUUUGUUGAGAACAACUCCAUCCCCUCAACGACCUGUUCUUGUUAGUAUUCGUGGGGCACAUGGGCAGUCAUCUCAACAACAGUUGCUGCAGUCCCAGCUCCAGAUGGCCAAGUCUCCAACGCCUGGUUUGUUGCGGAGGCCACAGAAUUCUCCAAAGACCCCUCAGAGUGUUCCAUUGAAACAAAGUGAUCACAGUGGUAUGAAUCAACGAACUAUUUCACCAUUGACUGCUGUACAAUCAGUUCAGACAGUGCAAUCUGUUCAGACUCUACGACCAGUUCAGACUGUGCGAUCAGUUCAGUCUGUGCAGUCAGUUCAGACUGUGCAAUCAGUGCAGCAGGUUUUACCAGCGCAACAGGUGCAUCAGGUUUCACCAGCGCAACAAGUACAGCAGGUUUCACCAGCGCAACAAGUGCAGCAGGUUUUACCAGCGCAACAAAAACAGCAAGUUUUACCCGUGCAACAGGUGAAACAAGUUUUACCAGCCCAACAAUUGCAGCAGGUUUCACCAGUGCAACAAGUGCAGCAGGUUUCACCAGCCCAAAAAGUGCAGCAGGUUUCAUCUGGACAACAAAUGCAGCAGGUUUUACCAGUGCCACAAGUGCAAGAAGCUUAUGAAAUACAACAAGGACAAGUGUUACAGGUGCAGCAAGUACAAGGUCAUCACUUACAAAAGGCACAGAUGAUCACAGAUCAGAGUCCAUUGCGCCAUCAAAAUGGAGGUAUAGGUCUUGAAACUGAAGUUGUAGAAACUGCGCCUAUUGAAAGAGAUGUUGCUAAGGUGGCCUCGCCAAGGAUAGUAACACCACCAGUUAUGAAGUCUCAGCUACCCACUAAUAGGAAAGAAGAGACCAGAAUUAUUGUUACAUCUCCACAGGUUGUAGCAAAAAGCAAAGUUGGUCAAAGACAAAGCCAAAAUUCUACCCUUUCAAAGGGUCAGGUUCAAUUUAUGAUGAAGCAAACCGUUAAUACUAAUCCAUCAUCAGUUGUUUCUCAACAAAACUCUCCUCAAGUGCAAUCUGCACAGCCACCAAUAAGAAUUCUAAAAUUGGCACCAAACAGCCAAUAUCAGUUAGUGCAACAGUUUCAAAUACCUGGACAGCCACAGCAAUUUCAGGUUCAUAAUAUGCAAAUCCAACUUCAACCUCAGAUUCUGCAAGUGCCAACUAGUACUGUGCAGCAACAACCUCAGCAAGCUCAAGUACCCCAUGGUGAUACACAGCAUCUUGAAGUAGAGGCACAGGCUCAGCAGCAAAACCACCUUCCAUCUCAACAGCAGCCCGUACAGAUCCAGCAUCAGCAAAUUCAACUACAACCCCAUCAGCAGCCACAGCAGCAGCAAGUCCAACGUCAGCCUCAAGUAGUUCAAAUUCAGUCUCAGCAGAUUCUACGACAGGCUCAGCAAGUUCACAUCCAGCAGCAAAUUCAGCAGCAAGUUCAACUUCAGCAACUGCAGCAAGUUCAACUUCAGCAGCAGCAGCAGCAGCAACAACAACAACAAGAGGUCCAAUUGCAAGCCCAACCGCAAGUCCAAUCACAAGCUCAGCAUCAGCCAAUUCAACAACAAUUAGUUCAGUUCCGAGCCCAACAAAUCCCACCUACUCAACAAUCUAUCCCUAAAGUGCAGCAGCCUGUUCAGUCUAAUAACGGGCAGGCUAAACAAAGUCUAGAACAACACACACUUCCUUCAAUUAAUCAAUCAUUAACUCAGUCCACGUCUACCCAGACAAUGGUAAAUGGACAGAGUACGUCUGUAAUCCCACCUCAAAAUGCACUGAAAGUACGACCAAUGGGCAUGAGUGGUCACUCAAGUACUUCAAGUCAGACUAAAGCAAGAUUGCGAAACACUUAUUCUGGACCGAGACAAAGGAAACCGUCAGAUAUUCGAAUUGUGUCUUGCCAGACUGCCCCAGGUUCACAACAAAUUUCUCAAGUUAUUUCUGAAAAUGACCUACAUUCUCUUUUGAAACGAUUUGGGACUGCAAAAGGAAGAAUUGUGCAUUAUACUACUGAAGGUGGGGGUCACAAUUUUAUGUUGCAACAACUACCUCAGGCAUCAGAAGUUCAUCAGGUUAGCCCUGAGACUUCAACUGACCAGGAGGAAGAACAAAUAACUGUUUAUGAUGGAGUUAAUGUGGAGAACGCAUUUCCAACUGGAGUACCUCAGGAGUGUGUGGUUUCUGAAUCUGGAGAACUCUUGUUUGCUGACAAUACAAAUGUUAAAAUUGAGCCCAUGAUGGAUGGCUGUGAUGCCAACAGUGACCCCUUAGAUACUGGUACAACUGAAAACUCCAUGUCUAAAGAAUCAACUGAUACUGGCUGCCUAUCUUCCUCAAGUUCAAGUACAAAAAAUAUAGAGACAGAGCUGUUGAAGGUCAUUCCUGGAAAGGCGGCCGUAUGUGUGUUUUGUGGGAAUACCUCAAUAAUAUUGAACAAGUGCGAUUUCUGUAAGCGCACACUACCAGAUACUGUAAAAAUAGUGCUGGAUGGAAAUGCAAAGAAAAAUACUGUGCAUUCAGCAUUACCAGCUCCCAUUGGUGCAAAUGUUCUGGUCAGAAAGGGGCUAACCAUACAAACCGAGAAAAUUCAUGGAAAACCUCCUCCAAGGUCUCUGAACCCAAUUCCAAACUUGUCAAGUCUUGACACUAAGCGAAAACGGUGCAGUACGCCCCGCAAACCUAAGGUGAAAGUUCCAGAAGAACCAGAAAUUCUUACCUUGUCGUCUGAUGAUGAGGAUAAACAAGUGGUGAAACCAAAUAAGAAAGUGGAUCGGGAAAGUGAGCUCCUAGCCAAUGGUUCAUUUAGCGGUGUAGGCUUGGAACCUGGAACAGAGGUAGCUUCUGCCAUGGAUGCAGCUAAUAAUGCUGAAGAGUCAAGGCAAAACUCAGUUGGUGUGCAAGCUGGUGGUUUGUUGGAACAAGCAGUGGAAGGUUCCAUGUCAUCUCCAUUCUUUCUCAUAGUAUGCAGAACAAUACGAAUAGGUACUUUCAGAGUUAAGCCUUCUGAAAGAGUUGUAAUUUCUUCCCAGGGAUUAGAAAUUAAGGUUCCUUUACAAGCUGGCCCUGAGGUCACAAUAAAUGUGCCGAUGAGCUAUAUUGAGCGAGUUUUAGUAUCUUUCUGCCGUUCUAUGCCUGUGCUCUUCCUGUACCUGAAAAGAGAGGGGGGUGUUUUAGUUAGACAAAUUUUAAACAUGAAGGACCCUAAAUCAUCUUAUUAUUUUGAUCCUCAGUCUUCUGAUGACACUCAGAAAAGAAUUACAAUACUUCCCGAGAAAAUAACCGAAGAUCAAAAGAGGGAACUGAAAAGAAUAUUCGAUGGAAAUAAAGUACUUCUAACUGAAAUUGAGAAUAGCCUGGCCAAUGACAUUCUAGUUAGGUCUUCACCACCUGAAGUAAGACUAAGGUUAAGUUUACCUGGGAAUGAAAUUCAAACUAUAAUGGUGUACCCACCUCCACCUGCUAAAGGUGGAAUCUCAAUAAACACAGAAGAUUAUGCUUGUCUUGGUGAAGACCAAUUUUUGAAUGAUGUGAUCAUUGACUUUUACCUUAAGUAUCUUAUGCAAUGUGUACUCUCUGAAGAAGAUAGAGAGCGGACACAUGUUUUCUCCACCUUCUUUUAUAAACGACUAACUUGUAAGCCUAAAAAGGGUCGACGUCAUCCUGUUGAAGAUGAUCCUAACUUAACUCCGGCCCAGAAAAGGCAUGCUCGUGUGAAAGGCUGGACUAAAAGUGUUAAUCUUUUUUCCAAAGAUUUUAUAAUUAUUCCGAUCAAUGAAAAUUGCCACUGGUUCUUGGCAAUCAUUUGCUAUCCUGGACAAGAUGGCUGUUUGAGAAUGAGUGAUAACACUCCAAUUGACUUACCAAAGCCUCCAUCAACAACAGUUGCUGCAGCAGUAGCGGCGGCUGCUGCUGCUGCAACAACACACUCCAAGCUGAAAGUGAAAGAUAAUGUUAUGUCUAUUGGCUCAACAACAAUCACACCUGUUAGAGCUACCCCUGCCGCAACAAUUACAUUAGAUCAGAAUGGUGAAGAGGGAUCUGACAGAGAUGAAGCGGAAGGGGACGAGGAAGAAAUGAAUGAAAACUCUGAUGAGGAGGAUUCUGGUCAUGUUACUGAAGACAGUAAUGGCUCUAAAGACAUGGGAAGCAGCAUUGAGGGGAGUGCCGUGGCGUCCUCGGGUACCCCGCCUCCAUCGAGUACCCUGCUUUCUGUGGGUACCCUGCCUGUGGCCAAUAGUAAUCCUUUACCAAAGAGAGGAAAACCUGUUGUGAGGGAAGGAAUUAAACAACCAUGUAUUCUUAUCUUCGAUUCUUUGGUUGGUGCUCCUCGCUACAGAGUAGCUGCAACUCUAAGGGAGUAUUUAAGUAUUGAGUAUAAAGUUAAAGAGAAGAAAGAUAAGGAAUUUUCUAAGGAUACAAUCAAAGGUAUGCUUCCUAAAGUACCUCAACAAACCAACUUCACUGACUGUGGAUUGUAUUUGCUACAGUAUGCAGAAAUGUUUUUCAAGGAUCCCAUCAGGGAUUACCAUGCUCCAAUCAAACAGCUAAACAAUUGGUUUCCUGAGGAGGUUGUAUCAAGAAAGCGGGAGGAUAUUGUUAAUCUUCUUAAAGAUCUCAUGAGAGAACAAAAUAUAGAUCCUAACUCAAUUAAGUUGCCACAGCUUACUUUCAACUACUCCACUCAAUCAACAUCUCAACAGACCGAAGACGAAGAAGCCCAAGCCCGUCUAACAGCAGCAGAUUCAGAAGCUGAUGAUCAGGCUAGUCAGGCUUCCAAUUUGACUCCAAUGGAAGAUAUGAACUGUGAAAAUGAAGUUACCGUUCCUCAUUCAACCACGGAAGAGGUCAGUUCAUCAAAGUCUGAAAAUGUAGAAUGUGGUGCCAUUAACAAUGGGAAAAGCACUGAACCGCUUAGUUCUCCUCGACUGAAUCAGUCUCUUGUUGACUAUUCGGAAUCAUCCAAUGACAGUAGCAGCGAUAAUUCCGUUAUGAAACGUUCACAAAGUGAAGUGGAUGCAGAAGAUAUUAUUGAAAAGAAAAAAAGGAAAGCAGAUUGAUUGUUAUUUAUUUUUAUUAAGUGUUAAAUUUAAUUGUUAAGGUUUUGUAUCUGUAUCUCUUACAUCCCAUUGUCAUUAUUUCAUCAUUGUCAAUAUUUUAGUUUUAGUGGGUCAUGCUACAAUUUACUUAUCUGUCUUGUUCCCAUUAUUUGCUGGUUUAGUCUAUUGGCUGUUUCAGAGGGAAGUUCCUUGGAAUAGCUGUUGUUGAAAGUUAUCCCCUGCACUUUCUCUCUGUCAAUCCAUGUACAUAGGUACUGUCAUGGUUCUAAAUUCGUUUAAAUUCUUUACAUUAGUUUGUUGUAAAGUGAAAAUAUUCUAGUAGGAAAACAAAAGAUUAUAGCUGAUUUUUUUUAUUGAAAUAGACUGGAAAGGAAGAGGAUUUGCAAAUUCCAAAGACUGCUCAUUCAGUAUAUUGUCUCUGUUGAAUUUUGUGUGUCCCACAAUAGUUGAGCUCUCUUCUAGUUCUCAUCAAUGUGAAGCCAAAGUAUUGUGGGGGACAGUCUAAUCUCGGAGUAUGUACACUGUAUUCUUAAUUAGUAAAAGUUUUGGAAACUUAUUUAUAAAAUUGAGAUAACUGAUUUAAAAACGUUAUUUGUUUGUUUCCUUUGUACCUCUUCUACGUCAUGAAGUUUUACAUCCCAUUCAAACUUCUGAACUGUUCAGCCAUUUUUAUUUCAUUGCAGUGAUUUUCUAUUAAACUCAGUGCUUUUCCUGUACCUUUAAAUGUAUUUUAAAUGUGUGAUUCUGUUAACCUUGAUCGUCAGUGAACAGACAAACUGUUCGUUAGUGCUACUGUGAACCAUAGAUAUUGCAAAUUAAAAUUCUCGCAGCUCUUGAAA